GAUACUGCUCGGACACACGCACAGGACGAAACGAAGAACAGCUGUGUUUAAGAAUAUAGGCUCUGCUUUUUAUUAUUUUAUUUUUUUUUACUUUUUAUUGUCAUUCGAGGAUUUUUUUUAUUUGUAUUUUUAUUUGUAUUGACAGUUUUUACUGAGGGGGUUUUGUGGAACAGCGUUGUCAUCAUGCGGAGACUACCUGCCGCCAUCCUCCUGUGGUCGCUUCUCAAAGUGUCGGUGUGUAUUCAGGUGAUUGUUCCUCAGCAGCAGCGCAGCACAACUCUGUUUGCCUCAGUUAUCCUCCAAUGUGACUACUCCACCUCUGCAAACCUCCAAGAUGUUCUGGUCACCUGGGUAUUCAAGUCCUUCUGCAAGGACCCUGUGCUGGAAUAUUACUCCACAGCAUACCAGUCUGCACUACAGUUAGGACAGGACCCAGCGAAUGACUGUCCAGAUCGUCAGCGGACAGUGCGCACGGUGAUCCAGAAGAAAGGAAGCAGUGAGCCGACACUGGGAGCUGAAUACCGUGAGCGCAGGAUCACCAUCCAAAAUAAGGCAGACCUGGUGAUCAAUGAGAUUAUGUGGUGGGACAACGGGGUGUACCUCUGCUCUGUCAAUGCUGCUGGAGACACCUCUGGAAUCUCUGACAAAGAAGUCCAACUUAUUGUUUACAACUGGUUAACAGUGUUGUUUAUCAUCAUCGGAGCCCUCCUUCUGAUCCUCCUCUUCUGUAUCUGCUGCUGCCAGUGCUGCCCUCAGAAAUGCUGCUGCUACGUUCGCUGUCCCUGCUGCCCACAGCAAUGCUGCUGUCCUGAAAAAGCUGUGAUGCAGCAUCGUAUGAUCAAGGAGGCUCAGAGGGCCAUGGCUCCCUGGAUGGGAGGACAGCCGGUAUAUGCACCAAUGAGCCACGCCUCCUCCCAGAUGAACCCGCUGCUCUACUCAGGAUCCGCUUCAGGCAAGAGCUUCCCUAUGAAGCCUAUGCCCCUCCCUCCUCCUCAAUCUUCAGCUUACAGCAUGCCUCCUCCCAGUGUCCAUGGCAACCAUACCCCUGCCAACACCAAUCAGAUGCUUGAUUACUUAGAAAGCCAGGUGAGGGGGAUGGACAUGGCCAGUCCUCUGCUACAGUCCCAGCCACCUCCACCCCACCACAUGCAGCACAUGCAGCAGAUGCAACCUCCGCCCCACCACAUGCAGCAGAUGCAACCUCCUCUCCAGCACAUGCAUCCUGUCCCAUUUUCCCCUGGCCCUCCAAGCAUGAUCUCUGCCCUUGAUGAUGGCCCAACAGAGCGCCGGGUCAUCACACUUCCACCAAUAAGAGAGCAGCCACCAGGCAGAAACCCACCCCCUGCACCCAGGACUCGCCCCCCGAGCUCCAGCGAGAGCAGCCGCAGUGGCUUUGGCCGUCAUGACGAUCGAGGGGCAGCAGGCAGGCGGUAUCCCUCGCCCGCCCGGUCUAGGGGUAUUCCCAGGAGCUACAGCGAGGAAUCACUGGAUGGGCGGAGUCGCAGUGGUGCACGAGGAGGCAUGGACCGGCCCCGCUCCCGUUCCAGGGAUGACCUAUUUGACAACAGAUCCAGGGCAAACUACUCUCCCCCAGCAUCAAGGCACCCUAGAGGAGGGUCCUGGAGCUCAGAUGAUGAGGGCAGCAGCAGGAGAGGGGCAAGUGGAGGAAGGAGAGGAGGAGGAAGCUGGGUUGACAAACCUCCCAGCUACUCCGAGUACGAGCCUGGACAGAAACCAGGAGCACGGAGGAAUGAACGCUACUCUGACAAGAGUUCUCGCAGUGGCACCAGUGUCGUCAUCUGAACCCCUCCAGCUGUGAAACACCCUGUGACCUCUGUUUCAGAGAACACGUACACCUCACUAGAAUCGGGAGCCAAGUUGUCUGGCUACUGGUAAACUUUAAAUGCCGCCAUUUUGUGUAUUUAAAUGAACCAUGGACCAGCCCAUUCAUUACCUUUUUUUUUUUUUUAUAUAAGUGAAAAGCUGGCAGAAGGAUUCAUAAAAUGUGAGAUUGAGAGAUUCUUAAAUUUGGCAUAAUCUUCCUCUUCAGAGUGUGCAGUGCCAAGUAGUAAAGCAAAUGUUUGGCGUCAAUAAGGAAACCUAUUGAGUAGUCUAUAAAUGGUUUGUUUUUUAGAUAUUGUUUUAAGAAAACCGAGCUUUACUGUGACUACUGAACAGAUUUUGGAAUAAUAUUCCCCUCUGCUGGUUCAUCAGUGUAAUGAAAAUAUUCUGAGGGGAUUUGGAUUAAAAGCCUUCUGUUAGAUUAUUCUUAAAUGUGGCUUCAGAAUUGAGGUUUCUCCUCUUAAACAAAUAUAUAUUUAACACAUCUUUCUUCUCAUAUUUGAUAAAAAAUAUUAUAAAUAACCAUUAGAUGAAGAAAUUACUCUCAGGGCAAGUAAAUAAACUAAUUACAAUUGUUGUUACAUUAGCCAAAAACUAUUUAAACCCAUAUAAAUAUGAAUCGACUCUUGUGAAUGAUGAAAAUUGUUUUUAGCUUUUUAUAAUUUUUGUAAAUAGUUAUUUUUCAUAUCUCCUAGAUGUGUUGUAGUGACAUUUAUUUUGAAGGAAAGGUGUAUAUUAGCAUUAACAUUAGCCUCUGUCCAGAUAAUAAUGAAGUGUUUUUUAAACCUUUUGUACAUAAGAUGAAGGAUGUAUUUACCCUAAGUGCUUAAACAACAGUCAACACUGUGUGUAAAUAAGUAAUUUACAUGGUGUUGAGUACUGUCAGCAAUAUUACAGGUCCAAAAAGCUGUUUUUCUUUUCUUUUUAAAUUAUGGUUGUUGGCACAAUGGAAACUUACCUGGUUUCUUUUUUCCCCCUUUGGCUUGUAUGAUGGUAUAUUUCAGAAAUACACAUUGAACUAAAAAUCACUUCACGUGGAAUUCAAGUUGUUGACUUGCUGUAUGUUCCAUUGAUGUUUCUAUUUACACUGUACAGUCAGUUUGUGUUUAUUAAUAACAUUGAUAAUAAACAUUGUACCUUUUGGGGUAUAACAGAA